AUGGCGUCUCUCAGCUCGGACGAGGGGGAAAUCGUAGAGGCAACUCCCCUGCCUCGCUCUGAACAAAGCGGUGAUGUUGACCGGAACGGCAGGCCCCGAGCCAGAUAUUUGUCUCGCACCCCCGACCUUGAUCACGAUCAUGACCGUGACACACCAUCGAGGGCUUACCAUGACCCUCUCCGCCGACGAAAUCAAUCGCCCCGCGGCUGGAAGCGAUCUCGAGAUGACUACCGCGACUACCGCGACCACCGUGACCGCCGUGACCGCCGUGACUCGCGCAAGUCUCGUCCUCAUCAUGAGUCCGGCUCUCGAGACGACCGUCGUCCGUAUCGCGACUUAGAGCGCCCUGUCUCUGAUCGGUAUGAUGAUCGUUCUGGCGCACGCGCUCGUAAUCAUCACGCAGACGACCACAGCUACGACCACGACCGCGAGCGUAACCGUGACGGCUAUCCCGAAAAGCGACCCCGUAUCCGCAGUCGCUCACCCCGCGGUCGCCCGGACAAGGAGAGACGGGACAGGGAUAAUGACAGGGACAGGGAUCGAGGUCACAAUGGUGCCGGUCCAGGGCAAGAUCAAGACAAGUACAGUGCCCAAGUUGAGCGGCGUUUGGCAGAUGGCUCUCCCAAGCGGGCGGCUCCUGCAGAUGCCCUCAAUGAUGCUUCCAAGCAUGAGGCUAAGACUGAUCAGGGUGCGACGGUUGAAAGCGGCAUCAACGGUCUUACAAUAUCAUCAAACACCAGUGGCCCUAGUCAAGAGCCUGAGCCUGAUGUUGACUGGGAUCCCGAUACUUUAAUGGACGAAGAAGCUCGGGUCCAGGCUGAGAUUGAGCGUCGGCGUCGUGCCAGAGAAGCGGCUCUAAAGCGAGGUCUUGAUGCAACUUCUCCCGCGGUGCGGACGCUUCAAGCUGGCGACCAGGCUUCGUCCACACAGCCCUCGACGCGCCACAACACCCCAGGUUUACAGAGACCUGAGGGUGAGACGCCGGUAUCUGACGGCCGUCGGUCGCCUACUCUAUCCCCUAGCAGGACUCAGGAUGACAUGUCACCCUCUGCGCUUAAUUUUGCUGACGACCAGGCGCUCAUCAAUGCCCAUGGCGCAGCCAAGGCCCGUGAUGAAGAUGGCCCCUCUGCUGCUGACUAUGAUCCAACAGUGGACAUGAAAGAAGAUGAACGUCGAGAUGAGAUGCGUCAUGGCAGCCUGCAUUUGCACGGCCAGUUGCGUCAAGGCUCCCUUGUUGAGGUCUCAAAACCUGCUCCAGAAAAGGAAGACAAUAAGAAAGAGGCCGAUGACGAUGAUGACUUCGACAUGUUUGCUGAAGACUUCGCAGACAAGUUCGCUGCGCCGCCGGCUCCCAAACCAGAUGCUGCCCAGGAUACAAGAGCAGCGCAAGCUGGUGUAGCUGGCGGAGGUGGUAUUUUGGAGGGAGACGAUAAGGAGGGCUACUACAAGAUCAGGCCGGGUGAAAUUUUGGAUGGCCGCUAUCAGAUUUCAACGACCCUGGGUCGGGGUAUGUUCUCUGGUGUUGCCCGUGCUGUUGAUAUCGUAACCAAGAAGGUUGUCGCCAUCAAGAUCAUGCGGAACAACGAUGCCCUACGUAAAGGCGGCUACACUGAGAUUGCCAUCCUGCAGAAGCUCAACGAAGCAGAUCCAGAGGACAAGAAGCACAUUGUCCGGUUCGAACGGGCUUUCGAGUACAAGGGCCAUCUAUGUAUGGCGUUCGAGAAUCUAAGCAUGAACCUUCGCGAGGUGCUGAAAAAGUUUGGUAACAACGUUGGCAUCAAUCUGAAUGCCACACGCGCGUAUGCUUAUCAGAUCUUCCUGGCCCUUGGUCAUCUUCGCAAGUGCAGCAUCAUCCAUGCUGAUUUGAAGCCUGACAACAUCUUGGUUAACGAGGCCCGAAAUGUGCUCAAGAUCUGCGACUUGGGUACGGCAAUUGAUCGUUCUGAUGCCGCCAUGGCAGCCAACGAGCCGAUGCCGUACCUGGUCAGCCGCUUUUACCGUGCUCCCGAGAUCAUCUUGGGCGUCCCUUUCGACUAUGCGGUCGAUAUGUGGUCGAUUGGUUGUACCUUGUAUGAGCUGUACACGGGAAAGAUCCUUUUCACGGGCGAGAACAACAACCAGAUGCUCAAAAAUAUCAUGGAGAUCCGCGGGAAGUUGAGCGCCAAGUUCUACCGGCGCGGUGAGCUGGCGCACAACCAUUUUGAUGAAAUGGGCAAUUUCAUCAGUGUGGAAAGGGACAAAAUCUUAGGAAAGACCAGCGUCCGCACCCUUCCUACCAUUAAACCCACGCGUGACUUGCGUACCCGCUUGCUGGCCGCGUCACAGGGCAUGAGUGAUGCCGAGUCUCGUGAUCUCAACCACUUCAUUGAUCUGCUCGAGCGCUGCCUGACGCUGACCCCAGAGAAAAGGAUCACGCCCACAGAGGCGUUGAAGCAUCCCUUUUUUACGCAGAGGAGCCUGGCUCGGUAA